CAGGGUCAGAGUACUGUCCCGUGGUGCCCAGGAGGAGUAGGAGCAGGAGCAGAAGCGGGACCCGGAGCUGCGCGCCUACGCGGGACCUGCGUCCGGGAUGCCGGUGCGAGGAGACCGCGGGUUUCCUCCCCGGCGGGAGCUGUCAGGUUGGCUCCGCGCCCCAGGCAUGGAAGAGCUGAUAUGGGAACAGUACACUGUGACCCUACAAAAGGAUUCCAAAAGAGGAUUUGGAAUUGCAGUGUCUGGAGGCCGAGACAACCCCCACUUUGAAAAUGGAGAAACGUCGAUUGUCAUUUCUGACGUGCUCCCGGGUGGGCCUGCUGACGGGCUGCUCCAAGAAAAUGACAGAGUGGUCAUGGUCAAUGGCACCCCCAUGGAGGAUGUGCUUCAUUCGUUUGCAGUUCAACAACUCAGAAAAAGUGGGAAGAUCGCUGCUAUUGUGGUCAAGAGGCCCCGGAAGGUCCAGGUGGCCCCGCUUCAGGCCAGCCCUCCCCUGGAUCAGGAUGACCGGGCUUUUGAGGUGAUGGACGAGUUUGACGGCAGAAGUUUCCGGAGUGGGUACAGCGAGAGGAGCCGGCUGAGCAGCCAUAGGGGGCGCAGCCGCAGCUGGGAGGACAGCCCGGAAAGGGGGCGUCCCCACGAGCGACCGAGGGGGCGGCCGGGGCCCAUCGGGGUCCUCCUGACGAAAAGCAGAGCGAACGAAGAGUAUGGUCUCCGGCUUGGGAGUCAGAUCUUCAUAAAGGAAAUGACCAGAACAGGUCUGGCAACUAAAGAUGGCAACCUUCACGAAGGAGACAUAAUUCUCAAGAUCAAUGGGACUGUAACUGAGAACAUGUCUUUAACGGAUGCUCGAAAAUUGAUAGAAAAGUCAAGAGGAAAACUACAGCUAGUGGUGUUGAGAGACAGCCAGCAGACCCUCAUCAACAUCCCAUCAUUAAAUGACAGUGACUCAGAAAUAGAAGAUAUCUCAGAAAUAGAGUCAAACCGAUCAUUUUCUCCAGAGGAGAGACGUCAGCAGUAUUCUGAUUAUGAUUAUCAUUCCUCAAGUGAGAAGCUGAAGGAAAGGCCAAGUUCCAGAGAGGACACGCCGAGCAGAUUGUCCAGGAUGGGUGCGACACCCACUCCCUUUAAGUCUACAGGGGAUAUUGCAGGCACAGUUGUCCCAGAGACCAACAAGGAACCCAGAUACCAAGAGGACCCACCAGCUCCUCAACCAAAAGCAGCCCCAAGAACUUUUCUUCGUCCUAGUCCUGAAGAUGAAGCAAUAUAUGGCCCUAAUACCAAAAUGGUAAGGUUCAAAAAGGGAGACAGCGUGGGCCUCCGGUUGGCUGGUGGCAAUGAUGUUGGGAUAUUUGUUGCUGGCAUUCAAGAGGGGACCUCGGCAGAGCAGGAGGGCCUUCAAGAAGGAGACCAGAUUCUGAAGGUGAACACACAGGAUUUCAGAGGACUAGUGCGGGAAGAUGCCGUUCUCUACCUGUUAGAAAUCCCUAAAGGUGAAAUGGUGACCAUUUUAGCUCAGAGCCGAGCCGAUGUGUAUAGAGACAUCCUGGCUUGUGGCAGAGGGGAUUCAUUUUUUAUAAGAAGCCACUUUGAAUGUGAGAAGGAAACUCCACAGAGCCUGGCCUUCACCAGAGGGGAGGUCUUCCGAGUGGUAGACACACUCUAUGACGGCAAACUGGGCCACUGGCUGGCUGUGAGGAUCGGGAACGAGUUGGAGAAAGGCUUAAUCCCCAACAAGAGCAGAGCUGAACAAAUGGCCAGUGUUCAGAAUGCCCAGAGAGACAAUGCUGGGGACAGGGCAGAUUUCUGGAGAAUGCGUGGCCAGAGGUCUGGGGUGAAGAAGAACCUGAGGAAAAGUCGGGAAGACCUUACAGCCGUUGUGUCUGUCAGCACCAAAUUCCCGGCUUAUGAAAGGGUUUUGCUGCGAGAAGCAUCCUUAACAAACAUGGCUCUGGAAAUUAAUGCAGACCUUUUUGUUUAUAUUUCUAUAGCUACAAUCAACCUAAAUUCAGCCAAUGAUAGCUGGUUCGGCAGCUUAAAGGACACUAUUCAGCAUCAGCAAGGAGAAGCGGUUUGGGUCUCUGAAGGAAAGAUGGAAGGGAUGGAUGAUGACCCUGAAGACCGCAUGUCCUACUUAACCGCCAUGGGCGCGGACUAUCUGAGUUGCGACAGCCGCCUCAUCAGUGACUUUGAAGACACGGACGGCGAAGGAGGCGCCUACACUGACAAUGAGCUGGAUGAGCCAGCCGAGGAGCCGCUGGUGUCGUCCAUCACCCGCUCCUCGGAGCCGGUGCAGCACGAGGAGAGCAUAAGGAAACCCAGCCCAGAGCCACGAGCUCAGAUGAGGAGGGCUGCUAGCAGCGAUCAACUUAGGGACAAUAGCCCGCCCCCAGCAUUCAAGCCAGAGCCGCCCAAGGCCAAAACCCAGAACAAAGAAGAAUCCUAUGACUUCUCCAAAUCCUAUGAAUAUAAGUCAAACCCCUCUGCCGUUGCCGGUAAUGAAACUCCUGCGGCAUCUACCAAAGGUUAUCCUCCUCCUGUUGCAGCAAAACCUGCCUUUGGGCGGCCUAUACUGAAGCCCUCCACUCCCGUCCCUCCUCAAGAGGGUGAGGAGGUGGGAGGGAGCAGUGAGGAGCAAGAUAAUGCUCCCAAAUCAGUCCUGGGCAAAGUCAAAAUAUUUGAGAAGAUGGAUCACAAGGCCAGAUUACAGAGAAUGCAGGAACUCCAAGAAGCACAGAAUGCAAGGAUCGAAAUUGCCCAGAAGCAUCCUGAUAUCUACGCAGUUCCAAUCAAAUCACACAAGCCAGACCCCAGCCUGCCCCAACACACGAGUUCCAGACCCCCUGAGCCACAGAAAGCUCCUUCCAGACUUUAUCAGGAUACCAGAGGAAGUUAUGGCAGUGACGCCGAGGAAGAGGAGUACCGCCAGCAGCUGUCAGAACACUCCAAGCGCGGUUACUAUGGCCAGUCCGCCCGAUACCGGGACACAGAAUUAUAGGUGUCUGAGCGUGGAUUCUCCCGGGCCCGCCUGCCACGGCAUCGGACUAGCCGGUCCUGCCAGGCCGCCGGGAUGGUUCUUCUCCAGAUAGAAUGCACCAUGGAGACGUGGUGGUACUCUAGCUUGUGUGUCCUCGUAGAGAACCCAGGGGACAGCCGGUGCAAAUUCAGAACUGAAGGCUCUGUUUGUGGGACUGGGUUAGAGGAGUCUGUGGUUUUUUGCUCAGAAUUAAGCAGAACACCAUAGUCAGAUCCUGUUACUUGCUUUCAGUGGACCAAAAUCUGCAUUCUGUUUGCAUACUUUUAAUAUGUAUAUUAAGAAGCAAUAACUAUUUUUCCUCAUUAAUAGCUGCCUUCAAGGACUGUUUCAGUGUGAGUCAGAAUGUGAAAAAGGAAUAAAAAAUACUGUUGGACUCAAAUUAAAUUCAAAGAAGUACUUUAUUACAACUCUCUAAAGUGCCUUGGAUGAGAAGUGUCUUAAAUUUUCUUCCUUUGAAGCUUUAGGCAGAGCCAUAAUGGACUAAAACAUUUUGACUAAGUUUUUAUACCAUCUUAAUAGCUGUAGCUUUCCCUGCACUGUGUCAUCUUUUCAAGGCAUUUGUCUUUGUAAUAUUUUCCCUAAAUUCAGACUGUAUAUAUCAUAGCUAUACUUGAUAGUUUGGCUAUAAGUGCUCAAUAGCUUGGAGACCAAGAAGUUGGUGUUGAAAUUUUUUGUUUGUUUAAAACCAAGUGCUGCACAAAAGCAGAUACUUGAGGAAAACACUAUUUCCAAAAGCACGUGUAUUGACAACAGUUUUAUAAUUUAAUAAAAAGGAAUACAUUGCAAUCC